AUGCUCUACCAUCCUCUUCUAUCCUCUACCAUCCUCUACCAUCCUCUACCAUCCUCUACCAUCCUCUACCAUCCUCUACCGUCCUCUACCAUUCUCUAUCAUUCUCUAUUAUCCUACACCAUUAUCCUACACCAAUAUCUACUAUCAUCUACCAUUCUCUAUUAUCCUACACCAUUAUUUACCAUCCACUACCACCCUCUGCCAUCAUCUACCAACCUCUACCAUUCUCUGCCAUCCUAUACCAUCCUCUACCAUCCCUUACCAUACUCUAUCAUCCUAUACCAUCUUCUAUUAUCCUCUAUCAUCCUCUACCAUCCUUUAUCAUCAUCUAUCAUUAUCUACUAUCAUCUACCAUCAUCUACCAUAUUCUAA